UCCUCCACGAUAGGCUGGAAUAAGGCAAAGCAGCUGUUGCGGUUAUUGUUGUCUCUUCGAGAAAAAAUAUUUAUUGGAAGAGCUUCCGUUCUCCUUCGCCGAUAAUGACUUGGUUGACAUAGUUAUAAAUUUAGGAAUAAUAGAAAAUAGUAUAUAUUUUUUUAUAUAUAAAAUCAAUGGUACAGAAUAGUAGUAGGCCUAUGUCCAGGACGCCUUCGACCUCAACCCAGGAGAUCCAAAUGGACAUGUUCGAACCUCAUCCACACGCACAGGGCAAAUACGCCAAGAGGAAGAGUCGUUUUAAGCGCUCAGAUGGAAGCACAUCCUCAGACACUACCUCCAACAGCUUUGUUCGACAGGGCUCUGCAGACUCCUACACCAGUAGGCCUUCGGACUCGGACGUGUCCCUGGAAGAAGACCCCGAGGCGCUGCGGAAGGAGGCGGACAGGCAGGCCCUUGCCACUCUCGAGAAGGCCAAGACCAAACCCGUGGCUUUUGCUGUGAGAACAAACGUUGGAUACAACUCGGGGCCCAACGAUGAAGUUCCUGUGCAGGGCAUGGCCAUAUCCUUCGAAGCCAAAGACUUCCUGCAUAUCAAAGAGAAGUACAACAACGACUGGUGGAUUGGCCGGCUGGUGAAGGAGGGCUGCGAGGUGGGCUUCAUCCCCAGCCCCGUCAAACUGGAGAACACCCGCCUGCUGCAGGAACAGAGGAUGAGACAGAACCGACUCAGCUCCAGUAAAUCUGGAGGGAGCUCUAGCCUAGACGUCGCCACAGGGACCCGCAGACCCACCCCACCCGGCACAGCUCACGUCGACAUGACCACCGUGACCUUUGAUGUUGACCCUCUCGACCUGGACUUUGAGGAGCCCCCUGACAGUCAGGGGGACCCUCGCUCCCCUAAGGGCACCUCUGGCAGCGUCACGUCCCCACAAGCCAACGCACAUCGGCUGCCCUUCUUUAAGAAGGUAACACUGCAGAUGGAGCACGUUCCCCCCUACGACGUAGUCCCAUCCAUGAGGCCCAUUAUCCUUGUAGGACCCUCGCUGAAGGGUUAUGAGGUGACUGACAUGAUGCAGAAAGCGCUCUUUGAUUUCCUGAAGCACAAGUUUGAGGGCAGGAUAUCCAUCACUAGGGUGACGGCGGACAUCUCCCUGGCCAAGCGCUCCGUCCUCAACAACCCAAGCAAACACACCAUCAUCGAGCGGUCCAGCACCCGCUCCAGCCUUGCCGAGGUGCAGAGCGAGAUCGAGCGUAUCUUUGAGCUGGCUCGUACCUUGCAGCUGGUGGCCCUCGAUGCAGACACCAUCAACCAUCCCUCUCAGCUGGCAAAGACCUCCCUGGCCCCGAUCAUCGUCUACAUCAAAAUAGCAUCUCCUAAGGUGCUUCAGAGACUCAUCAAGUCAAGAGGAAAGUCCCAAGCCAAGCACCUGAACGUGCAGAUGGUCGCUGCGGACAAGUUGGCCCAAUGCCCUCCUGAACUGUUUGACAUCAUCCUGGACGAGAACCAGCUGGAGGAUGCCUGUGAGCACCUCGCUGACUACCUGGAGGCCUACUGGAAGGCUACCCACCCCCCGAGCAGCAACCCACCCAACCCCUUACUGAACCGUACCAUGGCCACAGCCGCCCUGGCCGCCUCCCCAGAACCGGUCUCUAACCUGCAGGUACAGGUGCUCACCUCCCUGCGCAGAAACCUGGAUAUCUGGCCCGGCCUGGAAGGCCACGUCGAGGGGAAGGAAGAUGAGCACACUCUCUAGUGGCCCGCUGGGGGGGGUGGGGAAGGAAAGGAGAGAAGAAUCCGGCUACGUCAGAACAUAAGCUCUGCAUAUGUGCUGCGCCGCUGCCUUCCCGUUUAGAUAAGGGAAAGGAGCGUUCCCACGAUGAUACAUCCUGCCGAUAGCAACAACAUAAAACACAACUGGGAACUGUGCAGAUAGGUAUAGUUGCGAGGAUUGGGGUACAAACAAGAAUACAAGACAAACACCUUCUCUCUGACUCAUUAGUCGUAGUUCCUGUUCUCCUGGUUUACAUGGGUGUGAUCUGGCCAGCCACCCACAGAAAUGCAGCAUAUUGCUAACCUUUUUGAUCUAACCAGUUUGCUGUUAUCAAUAGUCAACACCAAUUUCAGGAAAAGGAAGAGCUUUUCUCCACACCUUGUUAGGCAGGCUCGAGCAGUCUCCGUACAAUGCAAUUAAUAAAGUUAAGCCCAGAGCAUAUUAUGAAAUCUUUGGGAUGCAAAUGUUAUUUGGACUAGGUCUUAAGAAAGAGUGGCCGGCAUAGAUUUGUCAGAGCGGCUCAUGGGAUGCUAAUGUCAGCCAUUUGGUAGAGACUUCUUUCCAAAGCAUUGCUGUGAUAUUUUUCUAUCAAACCACAAACCCUGUAAUGCAAAUGGCAUGCCCAUACACAGGACCUCUGGAAGCACUCUGUCCUAAUCUAUCUGACUCUUUUUUAUUUGAACAGCAGGAUGCAGAACGACUUUGAUUAAUGCUUCCAUAGAAAAGUCUCGAGAGUUGUUCAAAGAGGCAGCCAGAAAAUAGCAGAAUAGGGCAAGAUUUGAAAAAAAUACCAAUCACAACCAACAUUAAACAAUAAUGAAAUGGCUGCUUUCUCUCUGCUCCCUCCAACCCUACCGUACACUGCUAUUAAUAUGAUUUACAUUAAGUACCUAUGAUUGACAGGCAAGAUGGACUCCUUGAACCAAUCAGGGUAUAGAUGUCAGUAAUUGGUCACAGUCUAAACUCAAAAUUGUCUCAUACAGAGUUAUGCGUAGUAAACCAGAACAGAUAUUCUUACAGAGCAUUUCACUCAGUCAUAGUUGACCGAUGCCAUCAACUUACCUUAUGUACCUACCUACAGCACCAUUAACUGCCUGGGAAUGUGUAAUAGUUUGGAGGGCGAAUCAUUGCUAAAUGUGAUGUUAAAGAUUGGAUGCAUGUGAGGUGUGUAUAACUGCUAAUUGUAUUAAUACUGAUCUUUUUAUUGAGGAUAAUGUUUCAAAAAUUACAAAUGCCGUGUUUCCAUCCAACUUUACCUGUUUUUCAGAAUUAAAUUGAUAUAAUUUCUUUGUGAGGGCCAUUGGUCAUGUUAGACUGUCCAACAAAAAAUAGAACCUCAUUCACAGGAUCACCCCCACUUACAGUGUGUGGAUAUGGAUGGCAACCCAGCUACGAAUAACUUGUUUUGCAUGAAUGCUAAUAUUUAGACAAUAAGAAACAUGCCUAUUACUGGCUUAUCUCUGUUGUCUCCCUCAUAACUGCAUGGCUUUGCUUUACCGUUUGUCUCUCUGCAUGCAAUGUGUGUGUGUGUGUGUGUAUGUGUGUGUGUGUGUAUGUGUUUGUUUCCACAACACAUGGGUAUGGCUGAAUCCAGGGACCCUACCUGUUACCAGGAGAACAGAAGAGAGAAAUUCCUCUAACAGAGUGCGGUGGGAGUGGCAGUCUCCAUGACUACGUGACAGACCUUGGGGGAAAGCCUCAACCCCCGCCUCAGCAACAUCCCCAGCAACAGAAGACAAACCUGCGGUCCUCGCGUGGCCAGCUGCGGAGCGGCAGUGGGCGGGGCCUGUCCCGGCAAGACACCUUUGACUCGGAGACGCAGGGCAGCCGCGACUCGGCCUACACUGAGGCCGGCGAUUCGUGCAUGGACAUCGAGACGGAUCCCUGCGAAGACCCCCAGCCCUACGGCGGAGGAGGGGGGGGCCUGCGCCCGGCGGCACACCACAGCCGCCAGGCCUCCUGGGAAGACGAGGGGGCGGAGCCGGACCAGGAGAACCUGAACCAGCCCGCCAUGCCCAGCCAGCAGCCGCGUCAUGGACGCGGCAAGCUGCGGGAGCGCUACUGCCAGGACACGUCCGAGACGGGGAACAACGUGGGUCGCAACAAGAACCAGGACGACUGGGGGAGGGAUGUUUACAUUCGCUAAACACGUGACCUCAACCCCCACCGCACUACACCACCGUACCAGUAUAGAAGGGUUGAUGGCAAGGGUGGGGAGGUGUGUUGAAAGGGAAGUAGGUCAAGUGUGGAUUUUGGAGCCUUUUCAAGCAGCACUAUGAUUUUAUUCAUAUUUUUGUUCACUUUAGAGUACAGUGUAAAGAAACACAUCCCCUGUCAUCCUGAACAUGUUAUUUUAGCAAUUCAAUUAAUUUGUUGGAAUUUAUAUAACGUACCGGUCUGUUGUAGGUCUUUUUGUCCCGCCCUUCCUUACAUAAAUACUGCAUGAACCCCACUGAAUUUAAUUGGAAGCACGACACAGGGUUGUUUUUUAGGCUUAACUCUUUGGUCAAAGUGCACAAGGUGAAGGCUUACCAAGCCUUGGCCACCCCUGUCCUCGGCUGUCUUAAACAGGGUCUGAGAUCAUCAUCCUCAUGUACAGUGUGGGCUUUCUCUUUCCUUCUUUCAACUCCCACUUACUCGAUUGCUGCUGGAAUGAAACGUUUUUUCAAUUGAUUUAUUUUGAAUGUGGGGAAUAGAUUUUCAGACCUUCCAUUAUGAAAACACCCAGACCUUAAAACGAUUAUCUAGUGGGGAGGUUGAAACAGUAAGGAAUUGUCGACUUGGUUUCACACAUGGCAACUCCCUCUCUCUCUCUCUCUCUUCUGGAUCGACCUGGUAAACUAAUUGUACUUACUGUUUACGUCAAACGCCUUCUUGCACGUUGCUCUAGGUUUUGCGGGUGCUGCAAGGCAAUAGCUUUGGUCACUGUCGUGUUCACUCAUACAUCGGUUUCAAUGGCUACAUUCAGACUGACUUCAUGCCCAAAUGAGACGUUUACACACAUUCACACAUGCCUUGACUCAACAAAAACGGACGAACAACAAACUCACAAACAUUUCUAUAGAACCAUCUCAUGUAGAUCGCUUACAUUCGGUAGGAAUGUAUUGGUGUGUGAUUGAAGUCUCCUGCCUUAUUCACCGACAUCACACGGCGCACAACCCCAAUCCAGAAGUGCCGAAAUGUCUCUCCAAGCCAUGGCUGCCUACAUCGAGGUAGGAUGUCUUAACCGUCUAAAACUUGUUUGCAUACCAUGUGUGUGUCUUUGUCUAUUGUCUAUUGAACCCUCAACACCAUAGCCCUCAACGGUUGCUAUACAGAACAUUAAGUUUUUUUUUGCAAUAGCUUUGUUCAUGUUUUAUUGCUUACUGAAGAAAACUUUUUUUAAUUUCUAUAUAUAUAUAUAUAUAUAUAUAUAUAUAUAUAUAUAAUAUAUCCAAAAAAUAUUUAGUGUGGUGAUGUACUCACUAAAUCCCCAACUGCUAGAAAAAGUAUUCAGUUCGUGUUUUUUUUUCUUGUCUUUAGUGAUGGUAGAUAAGAUGAGUACCACGCUUGACAGGAAGACAGGUGCAAUCUAAGUGUCUCGGAAGGAGACUUUGGCCUGGUUUGUCUUGAGUCAAAUAAAUAUUAAAUUAUGAUCGAUAAAUAACGUUAUUGUUGCAUUAUCGCAAUUGUUUAAAAAAAUAGAUAUCAUAUGUAUCAUUGGUGCCUGAUUGUAGCUACAAUAUGCUUUGUCUGCCUUUCAUUUUUAAUCUGUGGAUAAAUUCGUAUUUUAAGUAAAAAUUGAAAUCAGAAAUAUUGUGUUGUCUUUUUUUUUGACGAGGUGUCAACACGGUAUUUGAUAGAUGAUAGAUACUUUUAAUAACCCUUAAAAGGAAAUUACACUGCCACCGCAGCUUUGAGGAACACGACACAGAGAAAAAAACAGAACAUAAAACAGGUCUUGUCAGUAUGAUCCGUUGCUCCAAUUCCAUGCAAAUAUUUGAACUUGUGGCACACCUGUGUAUCUUAAAGGUACGGCCACACUGAACACGUUACGCGCGUUACUGUGCGUUCACACCAAACGCGACGGGGUGACAGGAUCCCAUACAAAGUGAACGUAUAGACGAGUAUCGGGCGAAUUUUUCGCGAGAGAAAACCGGCGUCAAGUUUUGAUUUGUCGCGCCACACUUUCGCCGUGCACAGGCGAGCGCGUCCACGAGGAUUUGUGGCGCGACAAAUUCACUCGAGUUGAAGUAUUUGAACUUUGACGCGAAUUUCGCGUGAUGACUGCCAAUCAGCGUUCAACAGCGUGGCCACUGACUCACAUGUGUAACGUAACAGCCAAUCAGCGUUUAACCGUCAAACUCAGUGCAGUGCAGUCCGGGGUGAACUGCAGCAUGGAGGAGAAAGUGAAUGUUGCCGUUCGCGACUCCCGGAGCUCUAUAUAUAAUAGUAUAUUAUAUAAUUGUAUGUAUAAUAUCACCGCCAAAAGCUCUGUGCGCCUCCAGAUGGCCGUAGCGUGGGGAGCUCUCAUAGGGAUUGGGCUUCUGGGGGUUUGUUUACCGUCGUUGCUAUGGUUUCCGGUCUUGUGUGUUCCAACGGUUUAUUAGGUAGGCCCAUCUAAUAAAUCUCUGUCUAAUCAAUACUUCAUUCACUGCCUCUUCCGUGGUCAUUACAAUAUUAUGAAUAGACUGCGUCGGGUCCUCCGACGUCUGUCCCUCUUCCACAAAAGGUAAAGACAUGCAAUGGUGGUUAUGUUGUUGUGGCGCGACAAAUUCGACAAAACUUGCACAGCGACAGAUUAUAAUUUGUGGCGCGACAAAACUUCGGCAACAAUGCGACAAUGUCGGCGUCUAAAUAGUGGCGUUUUAUGGCGGGGUUGGCUUGCCAUACAAGCCAUCCCCGCCAGAAAACGCCAUAAUUUAGUCGCGUAUCACCUUCAUUACGCCGUAAAAAACGCUGUAAAAUGUAGAAAAACACCGUAUUUUACGCCGUCAUGC